AUGACUAAUACGGAUAAUGAAAACGAGGUAUCGACAUCUCCAUCCACAUCUCCAUCUACAUCUACAUCUACAUCUACCAGUACACCAGAUCCAGUUAUGAUGGUAUGUUAUCGUGAAUCUUUAUCUAAUUUAGUGAAAUUUAAAGGCAAAGAUGAACCGAAAAUAUUAAACUUUAUCCACAAUAUCGAACGAAUUGGACGGAUGAUCAACGCAAAUGAUACUAUCUUAUAUUGCAUGUGUACAGCUAAACUGGAUGGUGAAGCAAAACGAUGGUACGAAAACAAUAUUACAUUAACCACGUGGGGGGAUUUAAAACCAGCAUUACUGGAAAGAUUUACAACAACUGAUUCAUCAACAAAAAUAUUCGAACAACUAAAAGAACGUAAACAGAAACCUGAAGAAUCAAUUACAACAUUCUAUGAUGAUAUCAUUAAAUUAUGUCAUGAUUACGAUCCAAUCAUGUCAGAUAAGAUGAUUAUAUCCUGGUUGGAAAAUGGUGUAAAGGACUCUUUGAAAAUUUCAAUCAAGCGUCAGAUGAAAUUAUUAAUUGAAUCAGCACGAACUACAAAAGCUUUCUUGAAGAUUGCCAAAGAUGAAGAAGAAUUACAAGAGGAACAUAUAUCAGUUCCUGAUCCAACACCUUCAUAUAUGCCAUAUUUCACAAAUGCAGUAUCAACAACGAAACCACAAACAACAGGAACAGUUCGAGAUACACAAUAUUCAGCACGAAGUAUUUCACCGAACCGACCAUGGCAAUCAAUGGAUCACCGGAAUGAAUUCGAUACAUCAUAUUAUCCACCACAAGCAAGUCAUCAUACCACACCACCAGAAUCAUGGUCUGCAUCCAAACAUCGACCUCCAACACCUCGUCGAUACGAUCGUACAAUACAACCUGGAUAUGGAAAAUCAACAACAUCGAAGAACACAUUUACAACUCGAUUAAAACCUUUACACAAAUCAGCUAACUGUUCACCUGUCAACAUCAUUGGUGAAAUCGAACUUGAAAUCACAAUACGAGGAUACAGAACAUUAACUAUAGCUGAUGUUGCAACAAACCUUGUAACUGAUUUAUUAUUAGGAAACGACUGGAUUCAAGCAAACAACAUUAUCAUCGACUGUCCACAGCAACGUAUUAUCCUUAAUGACCGAUAUAAUCGAAUAGCAGCAACAACGACAUUUAUUGAACAACCCGACACUCAAUUACCAAUAUUUACAAUCAACGACAUAACCCUUCCACCUUAUUCUGAAACAUACGUCAACGUAAAAACUCGAUCUAACUCCAACCAAACAACAGAAGCAUUAUUUGAACCGAUACCAACCUUCUAUACAAAGCAAAUACUUAUUACACAUGCAUUACUUGCAGUGGAAAACGACACAAGUACACUUACCAUCAUUAAUGCAAAUGACCGUCCACGAACACUAUCCAGAAACACGAAACUAGGCCACAUCACCUUUCAAGAUCCACCACUCAACUACGCCAUCGUAUCAGUUCUGCCAGAUUCUCAAUCAGUUGAUCAAAAUUAUCCAAAAACAAUCAGCACAAAGAGGAACCAUCAACAGAAGAGUUCCUGUUUCCCAUCAACCAGCCAAAAGAGGAAAGUCAGGUUCGCAGACAUUUCCUGGGAAGAAAAACAGGAAAACGAACAUCAAUGUUAUGUUUGUCAAGAACUUUUCUUAUCUCGCAAUGAUUUAUUAGAACAUUUACGAGCAAAAUGCUAUCCACAAGAUAUACGAGAACAAAUCGAUAAUUUAACAACACAUAUUAUGAACGAUAAUCAACGACAACAAGUACAACGAAUUCUAUGGAAAUAUGGAAAAUUAUUCGAUUUACGACGACCGUCUACCAUCAAAGCAACGAUUCAACAUGCACUUGAAACUGGCAACCAUUCACCUGUUUACACUCCACCAUAUCGUGUUUCAUACAAAGAUGAACAAAUACAACGUGAUGAAAUAGACAAACUAUUAAAACAAGGAAUUAUCGAAGAAUCAACAUCUCCAUGGUCCUCACCAAUCGUCCUCGUACGGAAGAAAGAUGGAUCAGUCAGAUUCUGUAUUGAUUACAGGAAAUUAAAUACCAUUACUACAAGAGAUGCAUUCCCCAUACCUCGAAUCGAUGAUAUCUUCGACCAUUUAUCACAAGCUGGUUAUUAUACAACGAUCGACUUCAAAUCGGGUUAUUUUCAAGUUGGAUUAGCUGAAAAAGAUCGACCGAAAACAGCAUUUUCAACCAGAGAUCAACAUUAUCAAUUUACAGUAUUACCACAAGGUGUUACGAAUGGUCCUCCAGCGUUCCAGCGCAUCGUUAGUCGAAUAUUGGGACCCACAAGAUGGAACUAUUCAUUAGCAUAUUUAGACGAUGUUAUCAUAUAUUCGCAAACCUUCGAUCAACACUUAAUUCAUAUCGACGAUAUUCUGAACCGAUUAAAUGAAGCAAACUUUCGUCUCAACGUAGGAAAAUGUCACAUAACACAAACAGCAAUCGAUUAUUUGGGACAUCGCAUCGAACAUGGCAACAUCAAACCAAACGCUGACAACAUCCGCGCAUUAUUAGAAACACAACGACCCACCACUGCAAAAGAAGCCUUCAGAUUCGUUAAAGCAGCAGAAUAUUAUCGCAAGUUCAUACCAAGAUUUUCUAUUAUUGCACAACCACUAUACAAAUAUGCACCAACUACGAAAGAACAACGCUCCCAUAAAUCACAAUCAACACCUAUUCAAUUAGCUGAUGAAGAACUUAAUGCAUUUGAUGAACUGAAACGAAUACUAACAAACGACUUGGUACUACGAAUUCCUAAUGAUAAUCUACCGUUCAAAAUUCAAACGGAUGCAUCAAAAAUCGGAAUAGGAGCAGUUCUUAUGCAAACCCAUGCUAAUGGAGAUUUACCAGUCGCAUAUUUAUCCAAGAAACUUACAACGACACAAAUGAAUUGGCCUGCUACUGAACAAGAAUGUUACGCAAUUAUAUACGCCAUUGAAAAAUGGCAUAAAUAUCUCGAUGGACGACAAUUUACAAUAGAAACUGAUCAUAAACCUCUGCUACCAUUGAACCUGAAACAACAACUCAAUUCCAAAUGUGAACGAUGGCGAUUAAAAUUACAACAUUAUACAUUUACAAUUCGAUAUAUCAAGGGGAAACACAACACAGUAGCGGAUUAUUUAUCACGUGCACCUCUUGACAAAGAAGCUGAUGACGAAGAUGAUUACGUACAAACCAAAACACGAACAACACAAACUGAUGAUUCAAUGAUCGUGUCGGUCGUAACAUCUGUCACCACCCGAGCACAAACUAAACGACAGCAGAGUGAACGGAAUGAUGAUCACAUGAGUGAUCAAUCCUAUGACGGACAAGCUAAGAGGAACGAUAAAUCUACGGAUAACAGUUCCUGUGUCGAAGCAAACAUCGAACACCACCAGAUGAUGGAGAUUGACAACAAAAUCAUACCAUUCACUUACGAACAAAUAAGAGAAUUACAACAGCAAGACGAAGAAACAAAACAAAUUAUGAUGAACAUUAAUACAUCUGAUGCAUAUGUCAUACAAGAUGAUAUGUUAAUGAAGAAUUCAACUCCACCAGUACCAUUCAUACCAAAAGGACGUUUUCGAUCAGAUAUCAUUAAAGUUUAUCAUGAUACACCAGCAAAUGGUGCACAUUUUGGUCGGGAUCGAACGAUCCACAAAAUUCAACAACGAUACUUUUGGCCCAACAUGAUUACCGACAUACGGAACCAUAUUAAAACAUGCAUUCCAUGUUUACAAAAUAAUCAUAUACGACGAAAACCUCCAGGUGCAUUGAAACCCAUUAAACCACCAGAAGGAAUAUGGCAAUUACUAACAAUGGAUUUUCAUGGACCUAUUACACCAGCAACAAGAAGUGGAAAUAAAUAUAUUAUUUCACUUACUGAUGUUUUAUCAAAAUUCGUUAUUACAAAAGCAGUACGUGACUGCACAGCAUCAACAGCAGCACGAUUUGUUACAGAAGAAGUCAUCUUGAAAUAUGGAACACCAAAGUGCAUUCUUACUGACAAUGGCACACACUUUACCGCUUCAAUGAUGGCAGAAUUAUUCAAAAAGAUCGGCGUUACUCAUCUAUAUUCAACACCUUAUCAUCCAAUGACAAAUGGACAAAUUGAACGAUACAACGCAACAAUGGAUUCAAAAAUAGCUGCUUUAUCAAAUGAAAAUCGGACAAAUUGGGAUGAACAAUUACCAUUCGUUACAUUCAAUUACAACACCAGUAUCCACACAACAACCGGACAUAUUCCAUUCGAAAUGAUGUACGGUCGUUCACCGAUAUUACCCUUCGAUCAACAAGAACCCGUCAUUUCACUCGCUCAAGAUACACAACACAUCGAUAAAUUAAAACAACAUCUAUUACAAUUAACCGAACAAGCAAAAAUUAAUAUUUUAAAACAACAACAAAAAUAUAAACAACGAUACGAUCGAUAUCGAUCCAACCCUACACAUAAAAUUAAUGAUUUAGUGCUUAUUAAGACACUUCAUCGUAGAAACAAAUUCGAUAUCCGAUAUGAAGGACCGUUUCGUAUCAUACAACAAUUAGUAAAUACAACUAAGAUGAACAAAUAUAGUUCAUGUAAUUACAAGACACCAUAUCAACGUUUAAUAGAACGAUAUGGAAAAUGGAAACCAGCAAAAUUAAAAAAAGAAUUUCAAUUAAAAGAAGAUUGUGAACGUGGUUUAUUAACACCAUUCCAACAACCACACAAUUAUUCAUGUUAUUUCAUUCAUAAAGAAGCUGAUAUUUUUACACUGGAUUAUCUGAUCGAUGAAGCUAAACAAACAUACCAUUAUUCAUUAGAUACAGAAGGAGAUCCAAUCAAACAUGUUCCUGCAACAAUUCAAGUUGAAUUCAUUAGAUUAAAUGCACCAUCAAUCGUAAUCAUCAUCGAAGUUCAACAUUUACCACCACCAAAUUCUCCUUUAUAUAUGAAAAUUCAACAUUUAUGUUCCAUUAUCUUCUGCUCAAACAACAACAUUUAUUCUUGGGGUAAUCCAGUUAAUGAACUAGAAUCAUUUUUGAAUUUAGAUUUAUUCGUCCAACAAAUUCAAAUCAAAGGAAUAAAUGUACAAGAAAAAUAUGAUUCAACUGGUCAAUGUGGUUUACAAUCAGUCAUCCAACAUGAAUAUAAACAAUAUUUGGAUAAGCUAUCAACUAUAGCCGACUGGUCAUGUGGUCUUGAUUUUUGUUUAGGUACAUAUAUGCCAUCAAGACAUGUAUAUGGUGAACAACGAGAAUAUCAAAUAGAAGAAGAAAAGAAAUAUCGUACAAUGUUAAAAGAAUAUGCAAUAAACGACGUCUUCGCCGUGACAAAAAUUGCAACUGAUAUAAAUUUAAUUAAAAUUUUAACAACACCACCAACAACAGCUGAACAUCAACAAGAACAAAAAGAUGAGCCUGAAGCUCAUGAACAAGUUGAAUUAAAUAAUAAUCAACAAGAACAGAUAAGUAUUGAACUUGAAUUAACACCAUCUGAUUUUGAUAUAGGUAUAUUUGAUCGUGAACAUGAAUCUGGUGAAAAUCAACGUGCAACAUCAUAUGAUAUUGAACCAAUUAGUGAAGAUGAACUACCUGAAGUUGUACAACUCCGUCCACCAACACAAGCAACAACAACUACACAACAAAUUCAUCAAGUAAAUGGUUCACGAAUAAAAACACGUUCUUAUUAUUUAGGUCCACAAUUAUAUAUACAUGAACAUGCAACACCAAAUCAAAUUAGUAGUCGACGACGUCGAGCAAAUCGUUAUCGAUCAGAAGUCGUCCGUCGAAUUUAUCAUGGAUUCAACCAUCGGGACGUCAAAACAAUAUUAAGAGGAAUCAAUGUAGAAUUCCUGAACGUCAAGAUCUCCAAACAUGGAGAAUUAUAUAUUGGUGUAAAAAGUCCAACAGCAGCUGAAGAACUUGAAGAAUUAUUACACAAGAGAAUGUUCACCAGAGAACAUUAUUAUCAUCACAAGAAGAAAAGAAGAAACAACUAG